CCAGAAAGUGUGGGUCAAAACAAAAGUGCGAACAAAUUCUACCUCAGUAGACAGUAAUGUUCGGAAACUUCUCGUAACCAGUCGAGUAUUUUUGUACGGAUUUUGUUUUCUUGGAGCAAAUGCAGUCAGACGAAGAAGUUGUAGUGCAAAAAACGUUCAAUUUAUCCUUUCACAACAUCUCUUAUCGAAGCAAGAAAAAAGAUGGUUCAGUGAAUGUUAUUCUCAACAAUGUGUCCGGUUCGUUUAACUCUGGGCAGAUGGCCUGCAUUCUGGGACCCUCCGGAGCAGGCAAGUCAAGUUUUUUAAACGUCCUGAGCGGUUACAGAAAAUCCGGGGUUUCCGGUCAGCUACGAAUCGAUGGUUCAAUUUUAUCGAGUCGACAUAAACGAAAGUUGAUUUCCUAUACGCCGCAGGAAGCCAGCCUCUGGAUGAAUCUUACCGUUGACGAAAGUAUUAACUUUGCGGCAGACUUUAAACUGCCCGCAACGGUGCCUAAAGAAACUAAGCGUGCUGGUAAUCGAAAGUUAUUGGAAGUUCUUGGCUUAGAUAAAUGUUCCAACACACUGGUAAAAAAUCUUUCCGGUGGGGAAAUGAAACGACUCGCCAUAGGAGUUGAGUUGGUUUCCGAUCCCAGAGUCAUGCUCUUGGAUGAACCUACAAGUGGAUUAGACACGGUCACUUCUUAUCAGGUAUUGAGUUACGUUCAAAGCCUAGCAUUUGUGCAAAAUAGGGUCAUAAUAUGCGUUGUACAUCAACCCAGCUCCAACCUUUUAAGAUUAUUCGAUGGCGCAUUAGUUCUCUCCAAGGGUAGAGGGCUUUAUUGUGGACCAUUGACAGAUAUGAUUAGCACUUUUGGAACGGUCGGUUUGGAGUGUCCUGUGUCGCAUAGUCCGGCGGAUUUCGCACUGGAGGUAGCUUGCCUAGACCACGAAGAUGACAGGCUGCAGCAAUUACUGGCUAAUGAGGAAGAAAAACCGUUGAAGAUUUGCACUGAAAGUAGAAUCUCGUCAGAUCCCGAAGAUCAAAGGACAUAUAUGCUUAGCACACGGCAACAGCUCGCUGUUCUGCUGAAGAGAACAAUUCGCUGCACACUGAGAGACAACUACAAUGUAAAGGCUCGCACUAUCAUAAGUGUACUAAUCGCUAUACUAACAGGAAUUGCAUUUUACGAUACGGGAAACAAUGUGGCGAAAAUUUUGUCGAAUACCUCUGUGCUCCUGGUAGUUGUUUAUAGCGUAUACUUUACCUGUGCUUUUUCGGCAAUCCUCACGUUUCCGCUGGAAUCAUCUGUUUUCAUUCGAGAACACAAAAACAACUGGUAUUCUCUGUCACCCUACUAUUUCUCCAAGCUUUUGGUGGAAGCACCAGCACUGAUUCUCUCUACAACGGCAGCGUUUCUCAUAAUGUACUUCUUAACCGGACAACCAUUCGAAAUCCGAAGACUGCUGGCUCUGUGGAUCACAUCCAUUAUAUCUGGUUGGGUUGCCCUGCUGUUAGGCCUCCUUAUGGGCAAUAUGUAUCCGAUGAAAACGUCGGUGUUUCUUACCAUUCUGGUAAUCAUACCGGGCAGUUUGUUCUCUGGGUUUUUCGUUACGCUGAAAGAUAUGCCCCCGCAUAUGAAACCAUUGACAUUCGUUUCGUUCGUGCGCUACAGCAUGGAAGGUGCCGUUAACGCUAUUUACGGUUUCGACCGGAAGGAUAUGGAGUGCCGAGAUGUGUUCUGCUACUUUACACUGAGAAAAUUUCUGGCCUUUUUGGGUAUGCCCGAGCUCCAGUGGAUUUAUGACAUUUUGGGCUUGGUGGUUUGGAGUUUGAUCUUGCAGCUCGUACUGUAUGUUAGUUUGUUGAAACGAACCAAGAGGGAUGCAUAGGCUUUGAACAGUACAGA